UGCACGACGUGUUCAACCCUCGUGUUGUACUGCAGGAAACACAAUUUCGGUGACGGUGGGUGCAUGCGUACCCACCACCCAGAUAUCUCCUAUAAUGAAGGUUAUAUAUCCAGCUGAAGUCCUCCAUCAUGGUUGGUAGAUCGAUAUUUCAGGUUGUGCCAUUCGACUUGGUCAUUCUUGGUGUGUGUCUCUUCUUCUCUGACCCAAUUUCAUUCGUUUCGUCACCAUCAUGAAGCUUUUCCAAGCCGCCCCGUCGCUUUUGCUUCCAUUUUUGUCUGUUCUGUCUGGAGUGUCUGCGCAGAAUUCAACCAACGCGGCCAACGGCAGUUCGACCUUCGCGACCUUCAGCGGCAAUGUUGCCUCGACCAUUCUUGUCAUUGCCACAGACAGCACAUCAGCGACAGUUGCCGCACAGGGAUUGAAUGGCUACGGCAUCCCACACCAGAACCUCAUAAUACCACAGGCGGGUGCUGCCCUUCCGGCGCUGAGCUCCGCAUCAGGUGGCAACUAUGGUGGUAUCAUCGUCGUGGCUGGUGUCAUCUACGAGUACAGUGCCAGCAACUACUCGAGUGCUCUCACCCAGGACCAGUGGAAUGCUCUGUACGAGUACCAAAUAACGUAUGGAGUUCGCAUGGUGCAAUAUGGAAUUUUCCCCACUCUUGAUGCAGGAGUGGUUGCCUCGGCCGGCUGCUGCAACACCGGCGUCUCGCAAUCCAUCUACUUCACCAACACGAGUGCAUUCUCACAAGCUGGGUUGAAGGCCAACGCGGAGCUGGACACAUCGGGCCUGUAUCACUACCCCUCUACCAUCUCGAACACCACGACCACGACUGCCAUCGCCGAGUUUGGGGCUUCAAGCGACGGCAGCUCUGCGAAGAGCACUGCCGCCGUCAUCAACAACUUUGAGAAUGGCCGCCAGCAAAUGGUCUUCUUCAUUGACUUCUCACAAAACUGGUCGGCCACCUCGUCGGUCCUUCAGCAUGCCUACAUUACGUGGCUGACGAGGGGCUUGUACGCUGGCUACCGUCGUGUACACCUGAACACCCAAAUCGACGAUAUAUUCCUGGAGACCGACCUGUAUCUCCCCAACGGCACCACCUACCGUGUGACUCCAGACGACCUGACUGGAAUUGUCAACUGGCUGCCUUCUGUCCGCGCAAAGAUGCCAGCGGGGAGCAACUGGACCGUCGAGAUCGGAUUCAACGGCAAUGGCAACAUCGAACAGGCCGAGGCUACCAACAACGGAUAUGACGUCUGCUCGCCGGACGCUAUCGAGUAUGGUGACCAGGCCGACACCGCGUUGGAGUUCAAGAAGCCCCUGGGAUCAGGCACAGACAUAUGGCCGGCGUCUCCGUCAACGUACAACUACUCUCUGGAGUGCCUGAACCUCGACCCUCUGAAGAAGUGGUUCGACACGAAUGUGCAAAACUUCAACACCAUCAGCCACACCUUCACCCACGAGGACCAGGACAACGCCACGUACGCAGACAUCAUCAAGGAGAUCGAGUGGAACCAGAAGUGGCUCGCUCAGUCCGGGAUCGGCGCGGACAAGAUAUUCACCCCCAACGGCCUGAUCCCCCCGGCCAUCACCGGCCUGCACAACGGAGACGCCCUGCGCGCGUGGCACGACGCGGGCCUGGUCCAGUGUGUGGGCGACAACAGCAGACCUGUGCUGCGCAACCAGCAGAACGACAUGUGGCCGUACAUCACCCAGGAGGACGCCGACGGGUUCGCCGGCAUCCAGGUGAACGGCCGGUGGCCCACGAGGAUCUACUUCAACUGCGACAGCAGCCAGUGCACGACACAGGAGUGGAUCGACACCUCAGCUGGUGUCGGGACGUUUAACGACCUCCUGGCUGCGGAGAAGGCCGACUCCAUCCGUUACCUGGCGGGUCUCUACCACGAUGCCUUCAUGUUCCAUCAGGCGAACCUGCGCACGACCGGGGACCUCGGCACGACGACGAUCAACGGCGUUGAUUAUACCAUUGGUAUUUUCCAGGCCUGGGUGGAGACAGUUGUCCAGGAGUUUGUUCGCAUCUUUGACUGGCCCCUGAUCUCCCUCAAGCAAGUCGACUUCUCUGCCUGGUUCGCCAACCGCAUGACGCGUGACGCGUGCGCCUACGAGCUCACUUACGCCGUCACCUCCGGCAGCAUCACCGGCGUCACGGUCACGGCCAACGGCAACACCUGCGGCACAUCUAUCCCCGUAACGGUCCCCGGCACGGUGACCGACACCAAGGGGUUCACGACCGAGCAGAUUGGCUCGGAUCCGUUGACGAUCUGGGUACAGAUGUCCGGGUCACCAGUAACGUUCACUCUGUCGCAACCUGUCGCUCUGUGAGUAGAAUCGCCAGAGCAAGGCAAUAAGAUACCACAAUCUGCAUAUCCAUAGUUCUUAAUAUGAAUAAUAUUGAUUUUGUC